AUGCACCGUGUGAGAAGAAGAUUGAAAUUUGGAGCGCAACCAACAUUAAACUUAGAUCAUUCAGUUGCUACUAAUCCUUACUGCGAAAGCCCAGAUUCAAAUAUACGCAAGUGCGCUAUACAAGCUUGUCCAGCAACAGAGCCACCUAAUACUUUGUUUUCAUUUCCACAAGAUGACCAAAAAAGAUUGGAGUGGAUUAAGGCUUGUGGUAUGGAAAGUGAAUCUCAAACUUCCCCGUUGUUCAUAUGUGCCGAGCACUUUGAACCACAUAUGAUUAUGGAGAAUAAACUUAAAUGCAAUGCAUUUCCAAAGCAACACGAAGUUCUGUUCAAAAAGGAACAAGAAAUAGACAUAGUAGACUGUGAGCAAUUGGAAGAUUCAAAAAUAAGUGAAGAUGUAAAUAACAGCUCAAACCGUGGAUAUUGUAAUAAUUGUGCUUCCUACAAAAAAGAAAAUGAGAAAGAACGAACUUUAAAUAAAGUGAAAAGUCAGGAAAUUACAAAAUUAAAGAAGAGAAUUGUACAAUUACAAGCCGAGAUUGAAAUGUGGAGAGACAUGGUGAGAGAAGCAACUGAGGAUGCAUUAUAUGCAGAUAACAUUGUUAUAUAGUAACGAAUUAAAGCAACUUAAACUGACCUAAGUGUCCUAAGCCAUGUAGUUAUUUAAAAGCAUACUCUAUGCUUGUGAACUAAAUGGUGUAAGAAUCUGUGUAUACUUUUUCACUGUCUUUUUUUUGAUAUUGUUUAAUACGAAGGAAUUUAUUAUAAUUAACAUAAAAGAAAAAGAAUACAUUAUAUGUAAGAAAAUGAUGUAUGUAUAAACUAGA